UCUUUGUGCAUGCAGUAGCUGUGUCUAUUGCUAGCUAUAUCAAUAGAGCCGUGUAACUAUAGUACAGGUAAUAAGAGAGUUGUAGAUAGAGCCACUGGUGCAGAGUAGCAGCUAUGAAAGUAUUCUGGAUAUCACUGAAUGUUCUGGCACUUUUAUUGGGUUCAGCUCUGUGCAAGGAAUGUGUGAACAACUUCACCAGUCUGCAAGACAUUGCUCAGGAUCCAUCAUCAUUGCUGAACACCACCCUGUUGCCUCGGGGUGAUGAGAUAGACGACCUAGAUGCAUUUCCAUUCAGACUUUGGGUAUUCCCAAACAUGAGAUUCGGCUGCAGUGGAAACCUGUCCAGGAUCCUAGUGAGAACUAAUGCAAGUGAAAGUCAAACAGCACCACCAAGAUUAGCUGUUUGGAAUGAAAUGGAAAAUACCGAUAAUAAUAUCCGUGCUAUAUACCAAACAAUCGAUGUACCCUACCUAGCCGGUGAAGUGAACUUAAGUCUUGAUAUGAUAGAGUACUUAUUCAAUCCUCCACUUCCUGUGAUGGACAGUCAGUUUAUUGGGUUCUUGUUCUUUGAUGAUGAUGACCAGCUGAGUCUUCCGAUUGCAUUUCAAGACUUAGGGGCUAACAAUGCUCCAGCUAGUGUGCACGUCUCAUCAUUUAGUAAUGUAAAUGAUCUAAUUGAAGUGAGGCCGCAAGGAAACGUUUUUACGAUGGAAAAUUUCAGAUUUUUUCCUCUAAUUGCUGCUGAAUUUGUUGAGGAGCCAGUUAUCACCACCCCACCCCCCACAACUGUUCCCAUGACAACCACCCCCUCCCCCUCUACCCCUAGUACCACCACAGACCCCCCACUGGAUGUGGAAGUGGACGUUGGUCUAUAUGCAGGGAUCGCAGCAGCCUUCCUCCUAGUGAUCGUUAUAGCGCUACUGGCAGUCAUCAUAGCAAUAGUUGUGAGGAGAAAAAAAGCUCAGCAGAAGAUUUAUGAAGUCCCAGUGGAACCAACUCCCCCCAACCUGGAAAACCCAAUGUAUGGUGGUCAUGGUGGCCAUGGUGGAUUGACUCAGACUGUACUGGUGAACGAUUCUCACCAUAUCUACUCUACACCCAGCCCCACAACCAGUCCCCACCCACCACACGAGUCACAGCUCACAACCAGCCCCCACCCUCCACACAAGUCACAGCUCACAACCAGUCCCCACCCACCACACGAGUCACAGCUCACGACCAGCGGGGGGGCACAACACUACGAGUUUGCAGAGGGCUACCUCCACAAUGGUGCUGAAUCUCAUUAUGAAAUGGAGCCAGGUGGAAGUGAUGACCCAGAGUAUGCACUGCCCAGAGUAACCAUGCAACCCUACGAGGUCCCACUGUCAGCACUGCAGCAAGCUGGUCAGAGAGUAUCUCCAAUAUCAGUGGCUGACCAGAGGAGCAAGGAGCCAAUCUACAGUGUGCUAGAGGAGGGAAUAUACGUCCCCACAGAGGAGGAGAGGAAACCCUACCCUUACUCUGAGGCUACCAUCAUCAGCAAUGACACUCAUGAUGACACUUCUACCAUUUACUCUGAGAUGGGGAAGAAAUACGAGGGCAGUUUAACGAGGGAUGGGUUCUUCCAACAAGAGGAUAGUUAUUGGCGACCUGCCUCCAGUAAGACGGCCCUCUAUGACCAGCUGUCCAAACGCAAGUACAGGGAGAUCGUGAGACAGAAAAUACAGAUAAUCAAGCACCUCGGCUCUGGCCAGUUUGGCACUGUCAACAUGGGAGUGUGGACCACUAGUGUGGAGUCUAUAGAGGUGGCCGUCAAGACUCUACAACCAAUGGCUUCAGAGAUAGACAAAGUCAAGUUCCUCCAGGAGGCGGCCAUCAUGGGCCAGUUCCUGCAUCCCAACGUGGUCAAGCUGUACGGAGUGGUCACUGUGGGGGAACCAGUGAUGAUUGUACUGGAGUACAUGCAAAAGGAAGACCUCAGAAACUACCUGUUAUUGAAAAGACCACAGCCAGGAGAGAUGGUGGCUGAUGAAAUGCCCCAAACUCUGCUACGCUUGUGUAGAGAGAUAUCUGCAGGAAUGAAUUACCUCGCUAAUAAAUCAUUUGUGCACAGAGACCUGGCAGCAAGGAAUGUCUUAUUGAGCUCUGAGUGCACUUGCAAGAUUGGUGAUUUUGGCAUGUCCAGAGAUCUAGAACAGAGCAACUACUACAUCACACAUGGAGGCAUCAUCCCAGUCAAGUGGACUGCUCCAGAAGCAUUGAAUUUCCGCAAGUACUCAACAGCCAGUGAUGUAUGGAGCUUUGGUUGUGUCAUGUACGAGAUAUGGAGUCUGGGACACAAACCAUUUGAAGGAUUUACAAAUCUUCAGUGUAUGCAGUUAGUUGGGAGUGGCUUCAGAUUAGCCCCGCCCCCUGGUUGUCCGAGGCCACUGUACGAGCUCAUGAUCAGAUGCUGGCAUAGCGACUACUCUGUUCGUCCAAUGUUCUCUGCCAUCUUCAACAUGCUCUCUCACUCUCCCUCCCAUCUCCUCUCGUGGGCGGAGAGGGACUUGAGUAUCCACCCGCAGGUGGCGUGUCUAGGAGCACCCCUCGAGGUCACGGAAGAACUGUUCACUGAACUACAGGACUAUUAUAUGAUUAGCGAUAUUCAGAGCAAACGUAGACAUAAGAAAGGCUCAAAAACUGCCGACUGGUAGAUCAAUUCAUUCUUUUAUUGUUUUAUCAUUAUUAUUAUCCCUUUAU